CAGGUGUAGCGAUGAGGAGCGAAGCUCGGCGGGCUGCGGAGGGUGUCCCCGCACGGCAGCCCCGACAGCAGCCGGCUCUCAGGAGCAUGGCCGCGGCCCCGCCGCGCCGCGCCCCGCGCUGAGCCCCGUCGGGUCGCGGUGCCACCGGCAGUGCCAUCGCCAUGCCUCCCCAGGAGCUCCUGGAUUACGCGCCCGCCCUGCGGAGACACAGCCCGCCCCGCGGCAGCGGCCCGGAGCUGGGCAUCAAGUGCGUGCUGGUGGGCGAUGGCGCCGUGGGCAAGACCAGCCUGGUGGUCAGCUACACCACCAACGGGUACCCCGACGAGUACCAGCCCACCGCCCUGGACACCUUCUCCGUGCAGGUCCUCGUGGAUGGAGCCCCAGUCCGGAUUCAGCUGUGGGACACUGCUGGACAGGAGGACUUUGACUGUUUGCGCUCUCUUUGUUACCCUGACACCGACGUCUUCCUUGUGUGCUUCAGUGUGGUAAACCCAAGCUCCUUCCAGAACAUUACAGAGAAAUGGAUCCCUGAGAUACGAACUCACAACCCCCGGGCGCCGGUGCUGCUGGUGGGGACGCAGGCAGACUUGAGGGACGACGUCAAUGUCCUCAUCAGCCUGGACCGCUACCACGUGAAGCCUGUACCCCGGCCCCAGGCAGAAGGUCUAGCUGACAAAAUCCGGGCUGAAGCCUACCUGGAAUGCUCAGCACUGACCCAGAAGAACCUCAAGGAGGUUUUUGACAUGGCCAUUGUCAGCGGUGUCGAGCACAAGGCACGUCAGGAAAAGAAGAUGACUGCCAAAGGCAUCAAGACUCUCUCCAAGUGCCGCUGGAAGAAGUUCUUUUGCUUUGUCUGAAGCUGCUUUGAGGGAGGGGAAAAGAAACACCCAGCGCCAGUAUUGGCUCUGCACCUUCUUGGAGUGACUGCUCCUAUGGCCCCAGCAAGGAGGGUAUGAUAAGCUGCUGGGCUUGGAAACCUGUCUCUUGCUGGGUACAGUAUCAGAUGCCUAGGAGACAUGAACUAGAUUUCCACUGUGCUGGGAUGUGAAAUGGUCCAGGCAGCUAUAAUACCUGCUGGACAUGUCUGUAGUGUCCCAGACUAACGGGAGCCUUUAAUACAUGGAGACUCAGUACCUCAGAACAGGCAGGUUCCUUACAUUGUUCAGAAUUUUUUUGAACCAGUUUUCUGGUUGACACUCACACACUUUCAGAGUUCUGAUGCAGCAUAAUAAACAUAAGGGACUUCUGAAAUCAGCCUGUGUUUUGGCUGAUUUAUAGGUGUGGCAGAGAGUAGGGCAGGGACAGUUACAUGCAACUGCAAUGUGGUCAGGCAUGGGGUGCAGAGUUUGUAACAUGAGACUUGGGUUCCCCCUCUGAUUCAAUUUGCCAAAAUAGGUAGAAUUCACUUGGCUGUGAAAAAGCAGCACUCUUUCUUAAAGGCCCUGUUCUAGGAGUACUCUUGAGAAGGUAUUUCCUGAAUAAAGGAAGAAGAGAAAAUGCUCUGGGAGCUACAGCAAUACUUUAAGCAAAACCUUCUCUGAGAGGACUCUCUAGUCCACUGGAUGCCAGUGUUAUAGUCCUGUCCUAAGAGGCAGUUGUGGACUUGGGGACCAGCUUCGAAAGGCCUUUUGUGUGUGUUGGUGUUUUGAAAGAAAGAAGAGGUGAGGAACAGUGAGAAGUGGCUCUGUCUAGCAGAGAAAAAACUGUGUCAGCAGACUACCAAGGGGUCAAAUGGAGAUGGAGAGAGAAGGAAGAAAAGGAAGCAAAUAGGAAGGAGAAAGAUGGAAUGAAGAAAGGUAGAUGGAGAAGGAAAGAAGAAUGAAUGUUGUUAACCGAAAGUUGUGAUUCUACUUAGUUGAGAUGCUAAUAUGCAGGGAAACCUUUAGGAACCUGAAAAUUUUGCUAGUGAUACGAGUUUCUAAGUAAUAUUGUCCGUACAUUCAGUUCUGAAUCAAAAGGAGGGGUUGUGGUGAGAGAGAGUUCCUCUUCAUUAGUAAUCCUCCAUUUCAGAUCUACACAGAAGAAUGGAAUUUACCUUGCACAGUUCUUCCUGAGGCUGCAGAACAGGAACAGAAGACUCAGGGCUUCUUUCUGUUAUGCUUCCCUUUUUUAAAAGUCUCUGCUUGAUCUGCUGAAAUCAAAAGCGAAGGAAAUCCAUGAAGUUUGUGCUGGAGAAAAUAAUUCCUUUUGUUUCACUCUUUUCCCCUCUCACCUGUUUCUCAGGGGAUUAAUACCCCAGAGAGUCUAUUCACAUUUUAUUAUAUUUCAUUACAGAACUUGCAUCAACUUAUAAAUCUCCUUUUGCAGAGACAUUUCAUUUUGGUUUAUGUAGCAGAGGGCGUGACAGGUCUGUCAAGCAAUGCUUUUGAUACUCAGGGGGUUCUCUGCAUCUGGCCACGGCCCAUCACUUUGGGGACGCUCUGGACUAAUGUGACAGAAAGAGAAAUAGCUGUGGGUGUUUUGCCCUAGACCAAAAGUAAGCAUAGGCGAGCUAGUGAGCCUGUAGCAAGGCAAAUGUGAGUAAUGCAGUCUGGCUCCAAACAAAUGCCUGCGAACAUCUCUCACAGCCAUCUGGUUUUGUAGCGCAGCUUAUCCCGGGAUGUGAGACAUGACUGCUGCCUCCCUGGGCAAUAUUGCAGGAUGAAAGAGGUGGAGAAGUCUUCCUGUGAAGGGAAGUCCUAAGAGAUGGUGAGCACAGAGACAGUGACUAGAAGUGACAUGUCUGACAGGGGUCUAGGUAGGACACCACAUCCCGACAAAGCUCUCACUCAGCAAUGCAUCCCUGUGUGUAUAUCCUACCUGUACAGGCACCUUUGCUGCAUCGCUAGUUCAGUUUGUCUGUUGGGUCUUUACACAUUUCUUUAGCCUGUGAGACCAAGGGCUGUGGUGUGACCUGCCAAAGAGCAUGCCAUAUCCCUGUGGAGCAAAUCCACAGGUGGAAAGAAUACCAGCCUCCCUCCUGCUGAGGAGAGCAAGGGUUGUCCUGCAGUAGCUUGGUAUGAAUCAGGGGUUAUUUCAUUCUGGAAAAGAAACUGUACUGAGAGCUACUUUCUUACUAUGUGAUUAUGUCUAAAAUUUGUUCAAAUAAAAUUUU